AUGGGAAUUAUGCGUGUUGAUAAUGGACAAUAUCAGUGCAAUGAUUUUGUUGAAGAGCAUAAUCAUCUUCUUCAUUUACCAUCUACCUUCCAUAUGAUGCGGUCACAACAAAAAGUUUCAAAUGCACAUGCAGUAGAGAUUGAUUUGGCCGGUGAUUCGGGAAUAAGACCUAAGGCCAUAUUUGACUACAUGAGCAAGCAAGCAGGUGGAAGAGAAAACCUUGGAUACACCAGUCAAGACCGUAAGAAUUAUCUCCGAACAAAACGUCAGAGUGACUUAUCUUAUGAUGAACCCGGUAGUUUAUUGAUGUACUUUGAAAAACAGACAAGGAGAAAUCCUUCUUUUACAUACGCGUUGUAG